CAGCAGGUCUUGAUAAACAGAAACGCAAGUUUAGAGUUGAGAAUGAGAGAAUGUGUAGGAAAGGUAAGGGGGGAACUAUUACGUGUAGUGAGUGUAAGCAACCAGGGCACAAUAAGUUGUUCCAUACAAAGGGGAAUAAGGGGGGAAACUCAGAAACAGGUGCUGCAUCGACUCAAAGAUCAUCAACCGAGGUGACUACUGGAACCACACCACCUAUGGGAUCAACUGGAGUUGUAUUACAGUGGAUGCCUGAUGUAUGGUGCUUAAUAUUGAAAUUCCAUUAUUUUUCUAUUGUGGGAACUCUUACUAAUACAUUC